GGAAACCUGUCAUCCCUGCGUCUACUGACACUUCCCAUUCGGCUCAACAACCAGCAAAACUCUUAAAUUGAAUCCAAGGUAAGGCCGGGAGCCGGGAUAUAAUGUAAGACAGCGAGGCCUGCACAUUGAAUUUGAAAGGACUCGGGUGCAAUAUGGUCAGUCAGCUGCCCUCACAGUCCGCAGAUUUAGUCAAGCUCGCGCCAUCCGGCGAGCUGCCCGUUGUCGUGGUCAGCAACCUCCAGAGAUCGGGUUCGAGCUCCGGCCGCCGGGGUCUCGUCUCGAUCCUGCUCGCCAGCGACCUGGUCACCUACAUCCGAGGCCUUUUGGCCCGUGUGGUGGAGAAGGCAUGUGCGAUCCUUCGCCCGUAUCUGGGGCUUAGCUUCCGGGAAGUGUUCGUGUCCCCGGACAUGGCGCACAGACUGGCCAUUGUGGGCCGGAAGACCCUGGUCCUGGACCUGGAUGAGACUCUGGUGCACUCGUGCUACUACGAUCCGGAUACCCAUGACAACGUGGGUUGCAGCCAGCUGCCCGAUCACGCGCAACCGGAUUAUGUGCUCAACGUUUCCAUCGAACCCAUGUCCGAACCGAUCGUGUUUCGGGUCUUCAAGCGGCCGCAUGUCGAUGAGUUCCUGCACUUCGUGUCCAAGUGGUACGACCUGGUGGUCUACACGGCCAGUCUGGAGGUCUAUGCUGCCCAGGUGGUGGACCUCCUGGACGCGGGACAGGGAAGGAUGUCUCGCCGCUUCUAUCGCCAGCACUGCCGAGCCUCCUCGCCAUUGCUCACCAAGGACCUCUCCUUGGUCACUCCCGACAUGAGCGGCGUCCUAAUCAUCGACAACUCGCCGUACGCCUACCGCGACUUUCCCGACAACGCUGUUCCCAUCAAGACAUUCAUUUACGAUCCCGACGACACGGAGCUCCUCAAGUUGCUGCCCUUCCUCGAUGCCCUGCGCUUCACCAAGGACGUUCGAUCCAUUCUCGGACGGCGCGUUGUGCGCCAGUUUGAUAACCGAUCGACCAUUUCAUCCCAUCGAUAACAGAAUUCACUGUAGCCUGCAUUGUUAGAAAAAUACAUCGAAUGACAUGAAAUUC